UUUACUCAAUCAUCUUUUUCUAUGGGUUAAAAGGUAAUGAAUGGGCUGGGCCUUGGUAUAUCCCAAACAAAACCCUAGCAACCUUUUAAGAACAAACCUCUACGGCCUUUCAUCGUUUCUGCAAUCUGCGGAUUCAACAAUGGCUUCAGAGAGGAAACAGGCGAACCCAAUGAGGGAAAUCAAGGUUCAGAAACUCGUUCUCAACAUUUCUGUCGGAGAAAGCGGUGAUCGUCUCACUCGUGCUGCUAAGGUUUUGGAGCAACUCAGUGGCCAGUCUCCUGUCUUUUCAAAGGCAAGGUACACUGUGAGGUCUUUUGGUAUCAGGCGUAACGAGAAGAUCGCGUGUUAUGUCACUGUUAGAGGAGACAAGGCUAUGCAGCUUCUGGAGAGUGGUUUGAAGGUGAAGGAAUAUGAGUUGUUGAGGCGCAACUUUAGUGACACGGGAUGCUUUGGGUUUGGUAUUCAGGAGCACAUUGAUCUUGGUAUCAAGUAUGACCCAUCUACGGGUAUCUAUGGUAUGGAUUUCUUUGUGGUUCUAGAACGCCCUGGUUACCGUGUGGGGCGUCGCCGCCGGUGCAAGGCUCGUGUCGGUAUUCAACACAGGGUCACCAAGGAGGAUGCUAUGAAGUGGUUUCAAGUGAAAUAUGAGGGUGUCAUCCUUAACAAGUCCCAACAAAUUGGAUCUUAACUUGCUUGUUUUGUAUAAUUUUCUACUUGAGGGUUUAACGGUUUUACCAGCAAGGAUAUUUGGUAGAUUUAUGUUUUGAACCCUUUUGGAUUCCAGUACCGUAUUAUGGAGAAUGUUUUCUUUUAACUAGCAUGCAUACAGUUAUGCAUUUGAAAAUG